UCCAGAUUUGUAAGAAUCCGGUUUUCCAUAUUUAUUUUAGAAAAUGCCCACAUAUCAGUAUGUUCUUAUCAGAAACCCCUUUCAUUUUUAUUUCUUUAACUUGACAUUUCAGCACUAAGAGAUUUGUUAAAUCUUUUAUAAAUUUAGCGUAAUUUUGUGAACUUCAAAUAUCACUAUGACUGAAAGUUAUCUAAAAUCUCCGUUCAAGUAUGGUGGACACCGUUUGGCAGCCGCCAAACAUCGCUCAACAAUGCCCGGCACAGACAAAUCUGACCGCGUGUACCCCUUUUGCGUUCGUGUACCUUAACUUAUUGGUGAAGCUCUUCGGUUCAGCAGCGGACCGUGCGCCGGAACCUCUAGAAGCAGAAACCUACGACUUCAUCGUCGUAGGAGCCGGGGCCGCUGGAUGCGUCGUCGCUAAUAGACUCAGUGCGAUUCAAGAAUGGAAGGUGCUGCUCCUAGAAGCUGGUCCAGAAGAACCCGACAUUACAUCCGUUCCUGCGUUGUCCACGGCGCUCCUCAACUCAAACUUGGACUGGCAGUACAGAACCAUGCCCAGUAAUGUCGCCUGCCUAGCCUUCCCAAACCAGCAGUGCAGUUGGCCAAGGGGCAAAUUGAUGGGUGGUUCAAGUUCCAUCAACUCAUUCGUGUACGUCCGCGGCAACAAAUUUGACUAUGAUGAUUGGGCAGCGCGCGGUAACCCGGGCUGGAGCUACGAUGAGGUAUUACCAUACUUCAAGAAAUCUGAAAGAAACCUAAACAUAGAAGUGUUAGAUCGAGCAUAUCACGGUGUCAACGGCGAUCAAGCCGUGUCAUUCUUUCCCUAUGUAGACGAUCCGGCUAUUAUGAUGACCGAGGCCUUCAACGAGAACGGGCUGCCGAUAAAUGACUGUAAUUCCGCCCGACAGUAUGGAACCUUACAGGCCCAAGCCACCAUAGAACAGGGACAGAGAGCUUCCACUAACAGGGAGUUUAUCAAGCCCAUCAGAUACAAAAGGAAAAAUCUUACUGUAAGACCAGAAGCCGAAGUUAUGAAAAUUCUAUUUUAUGAAAACAAAAGAGCUUCUGGCGUACAAUACAUUAAAAACGGUCAGCUAUUCACAGCUUAUGCGACUAAAGAAGUCAUAGUGAGCGCCGGAUCUAUAAACUCUCCGAAAUUACUAAUGCUUUCUGGAAUCGGACCUAAGGAACAUUUGAAAGAUCUAAAUAUACCAGUGAUCUCCGAUUUACCGGUUGGGGAAAAUCUCCAUGAUCACGUCACUUUCAACGGUCUUGUUGUUGCUCUGUCGAAUAAAACCGCUACCAUUGUCAGUCAGGAAGAGAUCAUUAAAAAUAUAUUACAGUACAAGCAGAUGAAAGUCAAAAGAGGUCCGUUAUCAGGCAACGGCCCAGUAAAUAGUAUAUCUUUUUAUUUGACUGAACCUGGCUUGCCGGCUCCCGAUAUCCAAGUACAAGUUAACAAUGUUAACUGGGAAGAAUAUGUCAGAGAACCUAUAGAUUAUGAAGGUUUGGCUAUUUUUCCGACAGCGUUUUAUAAUGGAGUAAUUCCAAGGGUCAUGAACAAUGUUCCAAAGAGCAAAGGUAGAUUACUCCUGAACGCAAGCGAUCCGUACGGACAUCCUUUGAUAUGGUCUGGUUAUUUGACUGAUCCGCGUGAUUUAGAGGUCCUAAUAAAGGGGGUAAAAAGGGUUUUGGCUUUGGAAAGCACUCAUGCCUUUAAAUCUAGAGGUGCUUACUUCGUUAGGAACCCUCUGCCAGCAUGCAAGCACUUGCUUUGGGGUACAGACUCAUACUUCGAGUGUUUGGCGAGGUCUUACACAUCUAGUACUUAUCACCCUGUGGGGUCUUGUAAGAUGGGCCCCGCUGAUGAUCCUACGGCAGUGGUGGACCCCAGGCUCAGAGUGUAUGGAGUGACAGGGCUAAGGGUUAUAGACGCGUCUAUGAUGCCACAAGUAAUUCGAGGUAACACAAAUGCUCCGUCAAUUAUGAUUGGAGAAAGAGGAGUGGCGUUAGUCUUGGAGGACUGGCUGGAUAAAUAUAGAAAGUAUAAAUAUAAAUAAAUAUAAAACCGGCCAAGAGCAUGUCGGGCCACGCUCAGUGUAGGGUUCCGUAGUUACUCUUCCGUCACAAUAAGCUAAACUGGAGCUUAAAGUAUAGUAAAUUGUUAACCAAGGGAUGAAACGGUACCUUUCACCCGAGUUAAACAAAUAGGCAAAUUUGCAUAAUCAGUACCUAAUUAAAGUAAGUGUUUUUACUAUGAAGGGGAAACUUUUUACGAUAACUCAAAAACAGCUAAACUGAUCAUAUCCGCUCUACUUCCACGAAAUUUUUCCUAUUUUUGGGACCUAUGGUUCAAAAGUUAGAAGGGGAGGGACACAUUUUUUUUUCUUUUGUUGCGAUUAUUUCCAAAUAUAUUCACUUUAUCAAAAAAUAUUUCCUGAAAACCCCUAUUAGUUUUGAAAGACCUUUCCAACGAUACCCCACACUCUAGGGUUGAAGCGAAAAAAAAAUUUCACCCCCACUUUACGUUAGGGGAGGUACCCUAAAAAAAAAUAUUUUUUUAGAUUUUAUUAUACGACUUUGUCGGCUUUAUUGAUUUAUAUAUCCAUGCCAAAUUUCAGCUUUCUAGCACUAACGACCACGGAGCAAAGCCUCGGACAGACAGACAGACAGACAGACAGACAGACGGACAUAGCGAAACUAUAAGGGUUCCUAGUUGACUACGGAACCCUAAAAAUGAGAAAUCUGGAAAACUUUAUCAGUGACGCGGCCACAGUGGAGCGUGUGAAUUAUCAUUUGGACUAGCACCUUGAAAACUUAGUACUAUAUCUUAUACCUUUAAACGAGCAAUUCUUGUAUAUAUAUAUUUCUGUGAUCUCGGAAACGGCUCUAACGAUUUCGCUGAAAUUUGGUAUAUGGGGGUUUUUGGGGGU